AUGAGACCGUUGGAGUUCAUUUCGAGGUCAGGUGAGCCGCAUCGAAGUCGGUCAUCGUCUUGGUCAUCGUGGAGACGGCAGAAUAAUUCUCAACGAUCGGAACCCAGAUUCUCUUUGCAGUAUCAGGCGGACGAGAACAACCAUAUUCUGCUUCGCCUGAAGAUAAUCGGAGCAUAUUCAUUGGCCAAAAAAGACAUAUUUGGUGCCAGUGAUCCCUACGUCCGUAUUGAGCUACAAAAAAUCGAAGGUGAUGUCACGGUUACGACGUUCCUCACGAAGACCAAGAAAAAGACGUUAAAUCCAGUAUGGAAUCAAGAGUUUUUAUUCAAGGUGAAACCGCAAGAGCAUAAGAUUUUAAUACAGGUUUUCGAUGAGAACAGACUGACGAGGGAUGAUUUCCUCGGUAUGGUGGAGAUACCGUUGGCCGGUGCUCCAACAGAAUGGCCCUCAGUUCCCCGCCCACCUCCCGCUAAGUACCCACUACGUCCGCGCAGGUCUGUUGCAAGGUCACGUGUACGUGGUUACAUCGAGGUAUACGCGGCCUUGGUGGGGCGCGUCGGUGAAACGGAGGAGGAAGCUCAAGCAAAUGCAGGUGCGUCGGCGCCAGAUGGUUGGGAGAUGGUCGAUCCGGAACCACAGACUGGGACCGUACAACCGACUAUUGGAGGGGAUCCAUUACCACCGGGCUGGGAAGAAAGGCAGGACGCUAACGGGAGGACGUACUAUGUCAAUCACAUAGCAAGAUCAACGCAAUGGGAGCGGCCGAAUUUCACCCGUAACAUUAGCACGGAAACACAAGCGGAACGUAUGGAAACGGCAGCCACCGAGUUCCAAAGGCGGUUUCACAUUUCGGCCGACGAGGAGCACACGUCCAGCCCUUCAGCCUCCAAUCAUCAGGAGGAUAUAAGGGAUAGGAGAGCGGACAGCACCUCUACUGAGGUCACGCCAUUCUCCACACCAACCCGGUCGCCAGAACCGGCCGGCGAAAUUGUUCCUACAGAGACAGCUAAUUUAAGCAAUGACUGUGAUACUAAUAUAAGAGAAAAUGGAAAUGACGACGAUAACGAUGUUGUUGAGGCUCAAAUAAGCAUACGUACAGAAGUUGAAAGCAACGUCGAGGUGCACGAGGCCAAUGUCAACACUAUCGAAAAUACUCAAGAGGCAUGUCUAAAUGAUAACGCUAGCACUAGUCAAGUUGAUAGUGAAGACAUUAUUGCUGAUGUUAAUAAUACUGAAGAAUCUACAAGAGAUAACGAUAAUGUUGAUUUACCAAAUAGGGGACAACAUAAUGAUAGUACUUCUGUGCAACCUGAUAACUCAGAACAUUUGACCGAGGAGGCAGAAGGUAAUGAGAAUGCAGACAGCUCAAGGGUUAAUGGUGCGCAAGAGCCAAGAACAACGACAGAGGCUGAAGAUGAAGAGGUUGAAUUAAUUGAAAUAAUAGAUGAAUCUUUGACUUUUGACGAAAAUCAUUUUAGUACCCCGACCGGAGGCACACCAGAGACCAGAACACCAACCUCUCGCCUAAGGAGGGCUACAGCCAGCUCUAUGGAUGAUACGGAGGACGAAACAGACGGAUCGACGGAGAGUACAAGAAGUAGCAGUGCUAGCAGUUCCCAAAAUCUACCGAACAGUGACGGAUUGCCACCCGGAUGGAGUAUGCAGCGAGCGCCUAAUGGAAGGAUAUUCUUCAUCGAUCACAACCAAAAGACAACUACGUGGAUUGAUCCUAGAACUGGUUGCGCGUCGAGCCUCCCGACGGCGGCACAAAGCAGCUCUGUGGCAGAGGCUGACGAGCUUGGCCCAUUGCCCGAAGGCUGGGAGGAACGCGUACACACAGACGGCAGGAUCUUCUUUAUUGAUCAUAACACGCGCACGACGCAGUGGGAGGACCCGCGGCUAUCCAACCCGCAGAUCGCAGGGCCCGCCGUACCUUACUCGCGCGACUACAAGCGCAAGUACGAGUACCUCAAGAGCCAGCUCAGGAAGCCGAGCAACGUGCCAAACAAAUUCGAGAUCAAAGUCCGACGAAACUUCAUCCUGGAGGACUCGUACCGCACCAUUAGCUCCGUCAGCCGCCUGGAUCUGCUCAAGACGAAGUUGUGGGUAGAGUUCGAGUCUGAAGUGGGCCUUGAUUAUGGUGGCCUGGCCCGGGAGUGGUUCUUCCUGUUGUCGAAAGAGAUGUUCAAUCCGUACUACGGUCUGUUCGAGUACUCCGCGAUGGACAACUACACGCUACAGAUCAACCCGAACAGUGGCGUCUGUAAUGAGGAACACCUCAACUACUUCAAGUUCAUAGGCCGCGUGGCUGGCAUGGCUGUGUACCACGGGAAACUGCUCGAUGCAUUUUUCAUCCGUCCAUUUUACAAAAUGAUGCUGGGCAAGUCGAUCGCGUUACAGGACAUGGAAUCAGUGGAUCUGGAGUACUACAACUCGCUUAUGUGGAUCAAAGAGAACGACCCGUCAGAAUUGUACCUGACGUUUUCGGUCGACGAGGAGCAGCUGGGGAAGAUGGUGCAGCGCGAAUUAAAGCCGGGCGGAGCCAAUAUCUCAGUCGACAACGACAACAAAUUCGAAUACAUUAAAUUAGUUAUCCAAUGGCGCUUCGUAAGCCGCGUCCAGGAACAGAUGUUCGCGUUCCUGGAGGGAUUCGACGGCCUGGUGCCGUUACCGCUGCUCAAGAUCUUCGACGAGAACGAGCUCGAACUGUUGCUCUGUGGCAUUCAGCAUAUAGACGUCAGAGAUUGGAGGGCCAACACUUUAUACAAGGGAGACUACCACGCGAACCAUCUGGUGGUACAAUGGUUUUGGAGGGUAGUACUUUCAUUCUCUAAUGAAAUGCGCUCGAGGUUACUUCAAUUUGUAACGGGCACGUCUAGGGUGCCAAUGAACGGUUUCAAGGAGCUAUACGGGUCAAACGGCCCACAGUUGUUCACUAUUGAGAAAUGGGGAACGCCGGAGAAUUAUCCUAGGGCGCAUACAUGUUUCAACCGGAUUGACUUACCACCGUACGAUAGCUAUCAACAGCUGCGUGAGAAGCUGAUAAAGGCAAUUGAGGGCUCGCAGGGCUUCGCGGGUGUUGACUGA